AUGGAUUGGGAAAAUAAUAAAGAAAACAUUAAAAGAUUGGAUAGUGGACGUUCGGCAGACGAACUUUCCUCCAUGUCAAUUAGAUCUGCCGAGUUUAAGAAGAGGCAGUACAAAUUCGAACAAGAGAUCCGUUCGAAUGAAGGAGGUGACCUUCUUGGCAAAUGGAAAGAAUAUAUUGAAUGGGCCAUGAACAAGGACCCCACUGGGGCAGUUUGGGGCCCUCUGUUGAAAAAAUGUGUCCUCCACUUCUACAGGCAGAAGGAAUAUUAUGAUGAUCAUAGAUAUGUCAAGAUUUGUAUCUGCUAUAUUGACUCAUCAUGUCCUGACAAAGUCGAAGCAUUUGACAGCGUCUAUGCGUCGGGCAUCGGCCGUCGUGACCCACUUUUUAUCAAAAGAUAUGCUGACACCUAUGAGGGGAUUGAAAAUUAUAAAAGAGCCGACCAGAUAUACACCGAAGGCAUUGACAAUUGCCCUGAAUCUAAGGAUAGAGUCGCUUUGAUAGCUAGAUAUGGAGAGUUCCAAAUAAGGGCAGCAGCUAGUGCCAUGAAGAAGGUUCAGAAGAAACAAGAUGGCGACGAUGGAGAUGGGGACGACGAUAAUAACGAAAACAUUGGACCACAUAACCAGAGGAUGGCGUUUGGCGUCUUGAAAGGCUGUGGGAAAAGCCAGAAAGCUCCUAACAUCAGGAUUCCAAUUUCUGGUGCCAAAGCAAAGCUGGACACAGUAGCAGCAAGGUCUGGCCACUCAGAUCAGCAGAUCCAACAGAAAAAGUUGACCAUCUAUCAAGAUGAAAACGACCCAACUAUCAAUUGUGACGGCAACAAGCACAGCAACAACAGCAAGAGAGAUGAAGAAAAUUCUGCAAACCUCAACUUGUUGUCAGAUAGUUGUCAUAAGGAGAAUAGCCUGAAACCCGAGAAAUGGAAUAAGUAUAAACUGAAGAUGAGACUACCUCAUGAUGUGCCAAAGGCAACUCUAGACAUUCACGAAGAUGAAGAAGAAGAAGAAGGGACUCAUUUAGAAUCUGAAGUAGCAACUCUAUUUGGCGGUAGUAGCCAAAAAACCAUCAACAACAAUGAUGACACUAACAGAGAAAUUCUCAUGGUUCCUGAUAAGAUGUUUUUUGGUGUUGAUGAAUUCAGUAUUGAGGAGCUGAUGGCAAUGAGGUAUGAUGUAAGGCAGAUGAAAAGUCAACUAACAAAAUCAUCAACUGCCGGAGAGUUUAUUUCUCCGAAUCAGCCCGAGCAACAGAUGUUUCAACAACAACAACAAUUGUUGCAACAACAACAAUCGUUGCAACAACAGCAGUUGCUGCAACAACAGCAGUUGCUGCAACAACUGCAGCAACAAGUACAGCAGCAACAACAAGCGUCUGUGUAUGAAGUUGAUUUUCGAAGGCAAUCCCAAGAAUCCAAUCAACAUUUUUCACAGCUUAUCAGUGAACAACAACAACAGAAUUACGGUUUUUAUAGAGAUUCCAUAUCUUUAUUUCUAGGAAUGUCAUUUGCCUCAAACAAGCUUGAUGUGCUGAAAGAAGCUGACAACGAAAUAAGUGAUGUAUCAUCUUUGUCAAAAUCAAGCCUUCAUGCAACUCCAUUGGCCAGAAUGAACACUGUUACUACUACUGCUGCUGCUGCUUUUGCUGCUACUACUACUACUACUACUACUACUACUACUACUACAGCUUUUUUUCAUGAUGAUAAUGAUGUUAAUAUUGGCGGUAAUGAUAAUGAUGAUAAUCCUUUUAAGUUUUCCAUGCUGUCAAAUUCUUUAUACGAUAAUAACAUUGUAGAUAACAUUAGUAAUGAUAAUAAUAAUAAUAAUAAUAAUAAUAAUAAAUCUAAGUAUCAUGAUGAUGAUAGUAGUUCUUUAAUGACGUCAUCGACGACACCAUCAUUCCCACACAAACUUCCUUUUGAUGACGCGCCAAUCGUGACGUCAUCAAUGAUGUCACAGCCAUUCUGCAGUUUAACAUCGUUGACGUCAUCAGUAGCAAUGGCGUCAGUUCCGGAUGCCGUCGACCCAGCAAGGACAUUUUCACCUGAAAUCAUGUUGCAUUCCAGUUGCAACAACAACAGUCAAAGAAGUCGUUUUGAAUUAUCACUUGACUGCCCGAACUUUACACUCGAUAAUGAUUCCAUAAAAAUUUCCACCUUCUUUGCAAAUGAUCCUUCAACGAUUUUAAAUCCACCACUACCGCAUCUACCACCGCCACAGACUACCACAGCCACAACGACCGCAGCAGCUUCGAAACAUAACGAUGUUAAGCCACCAAAAUUUGUUAUAUACGAGGAUAAUGAUGAAGAUGAACUUGCUGUUGCAUCAUGUCAGAAGCAAGUUGCAACAACCAUGGCAGAUAAAGAUGCCAAAUCUUCAAAAUUUGUUAUAUACGAAGACGAUGGUGGCAAUGAUGACAACGCUUUUGAACCAGGUCAAAAGCAGGUCACAACGGCAACAAGCAUUAAACCAGCGAAGUUUGUUAUCUAUGAAGAUGUUGAGGAGGAUGAUCGUGCGUUUGAACCGAAGCAAGGACAGAUUAGAACAGCGACUCAAGCCAAGCACACUACCUCGAGGCCAGCUUUUGCUGAGAUAUUAUGUACGCCUAAGCCGUCACUGCAAAAUUUCGAAAUUGAAAAAUUUUGUAAUGUUGGUGGUGAUGUUGAGAUGAGGAAGGGAGUUGAUGAUGAUGAUGAUGAAGAGAAAGAGGAAAGUAUGGAGGAGGAGGAUGAUGAUUCGAAAACAGUUCACACAAGGCUGACCCACAAGUACCUGGAACAGUUAUUUUAUGGCAGUAGUGCCAAGGCCAAGAUUGAUUUGAGAAAACUUAAAGAGACACCAUCGUCGUCGUCAUUAAAGAAUAAAACGCUUGCAUCAGGUGGUAUGAAACAGACCAUACUGAGCAUAGAUGCAAGGAAAACAAUGCAACCGACGCAUUUCAGCAGUCAGCCCGUCAAAAGUGGACUUACACAACAACCGCAACAACCACCAUCGUUGUUGCCGUCAUUGGGGUGCCACAAAAAGUUACCCUUUGGGGUAGAGCCCUUUGAGAAGAGUGGCAAGAGGCCAUUUGAGAUAUAUCAAGAUCCUUCUUGUAUGGAAUGCGACGAAGUUGACGUUGAAGCAAUUGCAGUAGCUGCCCCAACUUCACAACAGCUGACUGCACUGACAUCAAAAACAUCAGCAGUAGCAGCAGCAACUUCAUCAACGACAACAAGACAAUUAAUGAUGUUGAAGAGUAGCGUAGAGACCAACAACAACAACAACAACAAACCCCACACCUUCCUUUGUGAUGAUGGAGAAACUGAGACGAGAAUCAUCGGUCAAAUGAAUAAUGUCUUUCUAGGCCAGGCGUUCAAAGAGGAUGGGGAUUUCAUGCCAAUGAAAACAUCAACAGAAAAUAUGACCAACGUUGUGAGAGAAGCUUUCCAAGUCAUGCAACAAACCACUGAACAUCGUUUGCCUACUACAGCUGCAGCCGCUACUUCUACUACGCUACAGCUUCAACAAUAUCUACCACAGCCACAAAGACGUCAACUACAACAACGACAACAGUAUCAUUCACCAGAGGAACAACUGCUUAUGCAGCCAGAACUGUCAUUAAGAAGAGACCAACAAUUUCGUAUAUACAACAGCACCACCAAUGAGAUCACCAUGAAAGUUGAUGACUGCGACCUUUCUGCCAUCUACAGCGAGAACAACAACAACAAUAACGAUUUGAGCUAUCCUACUUUAAACAUAACAGCUGAUGAUGUUAUCCAUAGAGAUACACAAUCUCUUAUCAGAGAUCUAAGCCUACUCAACUACAACAACAACAACAACAAAAGUAACAUCAACUACAACAACAACUGUAGUAGUAACAGAAGGAUGUCGUUGUCAAAUAGCGUUAACAACAACAACAACAAUGAUGACGACACGUUAACUGAUGAUAAAACUAUUAAAAAGACCAUCAACAACAAUAAUAAUAAUAAUAAUAAUAAUAAUAAUAAUAAUAGCAAUGAUUAUGAUAAGGAUGGUAAAGCAAGAUUAAAUUGGAGGCGUUGUUCCAUUGCACCAAAUGGCUUGGCAAGGCUCUAUGCAAGCAAAGCACAAUCACCAUCAACAUCGGUUCUCUUCAAUAACUCGAUCGCUCUGUCACCAUUCCGAGUCCUGAGUCGAUCCAAUCAGUCACCGACCAAUCAAAAUCAGCCGGCAAUCGACGGGGAUCAAUCAUUGGUCGACCGCGAGAGCGAAUCAGCUGCUGACAAUGUGUCAUCCAUUUUUGAAAGAUCUGUAAUGAUUGAUUUGGAGAAUCCGUACAACGAGAAGACGAUUAAGACUUUUAUAAAUCACCUCCAACCACCCCUAUCAUCGUACGAAGGGUAUCAUGAUAUGGUAUCUCUAGUAUCUAACAGUGGUAGCGCUACUGCUAUGUGCUGCCUACCGCACUUUAAACUAAAUGGCUAUGUUGACAUCGGGCCCAGUAGAUACUUUGUGAAGCAAAUUCUCGGUGAGGGUGGUUUCGGAAAGGCAUUUCAUUUGGUUGGCAAGGGACAUCUGAGAACCGUCGACUGUGUUGCUAAGAUCCAGAAACCAGCGUGCCCUUGGGAGUUCUACAUAACAAGAGCACUACUGGAUAGGCUGAAUGUCAUCAUCAAUGGCGAUGAUGACGACGACGAAGACGUUGGUGGUGGUGGCGCUGACGACGGCGACGAAGUGGCCAAGAAGAAGAGGAUUAUUGAUAUAAGGGACUCCGUCAUGUUCAUCUCUGACGCUUACAUAUACGCUGAUGGCAGUCUGUUCAUCAAUGAACUCCACAACUAUGGAACGCUACUGGCUAGUAUUCAUAAAUUAUGCAAAUAA